AUGUUUGGAUCAGCGCCGAGAGUUGGCUUACGUCGUCAUCUCUGGGGCAGAUAUGUGGCUUUCCGAACAGGUUUCUAUGCCUAUUACGCCUCUAUCUGCGUCUCUGGUGACGGUUUAAGUUCAUCCUUGGAAAGAUCGCUGCAAUCCGUGACGCCUGCCUCGAUGUGCCCUCAAGCCGAAGUUCACACCCUCUCGGCUCUCCAGGCCUUCCGUGCCCGCAACAUCAACGCGUCCAACAAGAACGCCGCCCUGAAGUCGACCAUGCCCCAGGUUGACCUCUCGCACUACAAGUCGAUCCUCAAGAACGCUUCCGCCGUUGAGGCCGCCGAGAAGGCCCUCUCGUCGUUCAAGCCCGUCGACUACGACGUCUCCAAGUGGGACAAGGUCGUUGACGCCUUCGAGCAGAAGGCCGUCUCCCAGGCCAAGGAGACCGUCCAGAAGGUCGACAAGGAGGAGACCGACCUCAAGGCUACCCUCUCCAACAUCACCGAGGCCCGCCCCUUCGAGGACCUCACCUCCGACGAGGCCGCCGCCGCCAACCCCGAGAUCUCCAAGGCUACCGAGUCCCCUGUGUGUAUCCUUUGCGCGCUUCUUCCGGAGGACGAGAACGUGCAGAAGAUGUCGGUUGCGGAGGUUAUCGAGUGGGCGACUUCGUGGGGGGUGGAGUUGGUGCCCCGCAUUUGGCUUCGUGCCUGA